CAAACUCCACAUUUAAUACCUGCCCCCAUCGUCCCCUUCCCUGCAUGACAGGUCCCCCCAUUGAGAUCCAUAUUGAUGAUUCAGCCACCCCACGUACAUGUAACACUGCAGCACCAGUCCAAUGCACUGGCAAAGGCGUGUGUAUGAGGACCUCCUACGUGAUGAGGCCCUGGACGUCAUUGAGAGGGUCCCCUAUGGUGAACCAGUGACUUGGUGUUAUCGCAUGGUCGUUACCAGGAAACACGAUGGGUCCCCGAGGCGUACAGUGGACCUCUCUCCACUCAACAAAUUCUGUAAACGGGAGACCUUUGCCGCUGAGGCCCCGUUCCUCCUAGCUCGACGUGUGCCAGGGAACACGUGGAAGACAGUUACAGAUGCAUGGAAUGGGUACAACAGUGUUCCAUUGAGAGAAUAUGACCGCCACUUGACCACCUUUAUUACACCUUUUGGCCGGUGGCGGUAUACCCGAGCCCCUCAGGGCUACCUGUCAUCAGGUGACGGUUACAAUCGCCGCUUCGACCAGAUAUUGGCUGAUUUCGAACGAAAGGAGAGGUGUGUCGACGAUAUGAUUCACUGUGACAAAGAUCUGGAGGAGCAUUGGUGGAGGACCAUCGACUUCCUGACACUGGUGGGCAGAGCAGGCAUUGUUCUGAAUCCAGACAAAUUUCAGUUUGCUCGACGAGAUGUCAAAUUUGCAGGGUUCCAUGUCUCAGAACAUACUAAAGCCCCUCCCAAAAUACCUGGAAGCCAUUCAAUCCUCCCCCACCCCAAAGAACACCACUGACAUCUGUAGCUGGUUUGGCCUUGUGAACCAAGUGGCUAACUAUGCUCAACUACGAGACGUCAUGGCUCCCUUUCGACCCUUCCUGAGCC